CUAGGGCGACCCGAGGCGGAGAGAGGAGAGUGGAGAGGAGACCACCCCCUGGGCUGGCUGGCUGCCCUGUCGGUCUGUGCUGGAUCUAAGCAACUAGAAUGAACCGAAGUAUUCCUGUGGAGGUUGAUGAAUCAGAACCAUACCCAAGUCAGUUGCUGAAACCAAUCCCAGAAUAUUCCCUCAAAGAGGAAUCGGAACCACCUGCUCCAAAUGCAAAGAACACACCACCCACCAGCCUGCCUGCACCCCAAGCCCUGCACUAUGUUUCAGGGGACUUUUCUCAGGCUCACCCCCCUCUGAAACUUACAAGCCACCAGUGGCCGGUGUCGCAGCAGGUCACCUGCCUGCGCACUAAAGUCCUGGAGGAGAGUGAAGACAGUUUCUUCAGAAGGCACCCAGACCCAGGCAGAGGUUUGUCCGUGGGCUCCUCUGCAGCCAGCCGGCCUGAGGCCGAGUCUGUGCUUGGAGCCCUUCCUGCAGAGCAUCAGUUUUCGUUUAUGGAAAAACAUCAUCGAUGGCUGGGAUCUCAGCUUUCAGCAGCUUCUCCUGACACUGGCCAUGACUCAGAAAAAUCAGACCAAAGUUUACCUAAUGCUUUGGCGGACUCCUCGGGCCACAACCGAGGGAUGGUGCCACGGCCUCAGCCCCACAGAAACCCAGCAGAUCCAGAUCUGCCCACGGCAGACACGGGGUAUGAUUCUCAGCCCCAGGAUGUCUUGGGCAUCAAAAAUCUGGAGAGACCCCUGCCCCUCACGUCCACAUGUUACCCCCAAGACCUCCCCGGUCCUCUGAGGUCCAGGGAGUUCCCUCCGUUUGAACCCCAGAGAUAUCUAGCACGUGCACAGAUGCUGCUGCCCAACCCCUCCCCACAGGCUCCGUGGAACUAUCAGUGCCACUGUCCCGGAAGACCGGAUCACCAGUUGCCAUAUGGCCACCACUACCCUCAGGCAGCCUACCAGCAGGUGAUCCAGCCAGUUGUGCCUGGGCAGCCCCUACCUGGAGCAAUUGUGAGGGGCUUGCACCCUGUGCAGAAGGUCAUCCUCAAUUAUCCCAACCUCCAGGACGAUGAAGAGAGGCCUGCACAAAGAGACUGCUCCCUUCCAAGACUCCCAAGGUAUCAGGACCAGUUCUAUCACUUGGCACCCAGUGGAACUGAAGCUCCUCAGGAGUCCUUGGCAUGUCCUGUAGAGCUGAGACCCAGCGAUCCACUGGCUCCUUCCCCAGUUGCUGUGCCUAGACCCCCUAGUCACCCUCCAAUCAGAGGAACUCUGAAAACAAGCAAUUUGCCAGAAGAAUUACGGAAAGUCUUUAUCACUUAUUCUAUGGACACCGCCAUGGAAGUGGUGAAAUUUGUGAACUUUUUGCUGGUAAAUGGCUUCCAAACUGCAAUAGACAUAUUUGAGGAUAGAAUCCGAGGCAUUGAUAUCAUUAAAUGGAUGGAGCGCUACCUUCGGGAUAAGACAGUGAUGAUAAUCGUAGCAAUCAGCCCCAAAUACAAACAGGAUGUGGAAGGCGCUGAGUCGCAGCUGGAUGAGGAUGAGCAUGGUUUACAUACGAAGUACAUUCAUCGGAUGAUGCAGAUUGAAUUCAUAAAACAAGGAAGUAUGAAUUUCAGAUUUAUCCCUGUGCUCUUCCCAAAUGCCAAGAAGGAGCAUGUGCCCACUUGGCUUCAGAACACUCAUGUUUACAGUUGGCCCAAGAAUAAGAAAAACAUCCUGCUGCGUCUGCUCAGAGAGGAAGAGUAUGUGGCUCCUCCCAGGGGGCCUCUGCCCACUCUUCAGGUGGUACCACUGUGACACUAGCUAUUCCCACAUCACUGGGGCCAUGGCGAGAGCUGUGAAAGCAUUCUUCUAGCUGAGGCUGGUUGGUGGCACUCAUAGUUUCUCAGUCCCUCCUUGGGUCUCAGGGAAAAAAAAAAAAAAACUUGUUCUGCAGCGUACUCUGCCUCUGGAGACGACUGACUGGCUGUUCUGCAUUCUCUGCUUUUUAAAAAACCUACAAGGUGCCGGUGCCCAACAUCUCCCUGCCUGAUGGAUCUGUUCUGGGCCUCACAGUGCUUAGAAAAUGAAAGUGAAGUGGCAGCAAAUGUACCAUACUCUACUCUCUAGCGAUACUUUUAUGAGCAGGCCAUAUGCUGGGGGGCGGGGUGUGGUCAUCAGAUCAUACUGAUUCUUGUUCAAAUAAUAAAAUGUUUACUCUUUUGUAA